AUGACAGAAAAGACCAUCAAAAUCAUAGACCUGGGGGCCGCUAGGUUCCUGAAAGAGGAGAUGGAUAAACUGUCGGUGACGUUAACGUUGCAGAGGAUCAACAACAUCCUCCCAUACACCUGUGCACUCACAAAUGAACAGAUAAAUGGCAUUGAAAAGGACAGUUUCUAUUUUGAUAUCCUUAACAAAUUGGCCGAAAGUUCAUGUGUCACCAUCGAUAUGAUUUCUUUUCUACACAACCUCAUCAAAGAGUAUCUUUCUUUUGAUUCUACGUCGGCUGCGGACCUUCAAGCAAUAACCACCACAUCGACCUUAGCAAACAUGUCUCCUAAAAUCAUGGCCAAAUUUACACAGGAUGAUCUGAACAAGUACGGCUCUGCCAUGUGCUUGACAAUUGUUGAGCAAUUGGGGCUUGCUGAUAUCAACCUGCUUUCAAAGACAGAACUUCAGGCGAAAUACCUCUACAGUAUUACCUGUCUUAGCAAAACUACAGAAACCAUAACCGCAGACGACUUGUUAUCAAUUGGAAACAUGGUUUGUGGUAUGACCACUACUGAUUAUGUAAGGCUGGACAAUGAUGCUUUGGAACAGUACGUGAUGUGGAUGCAAAGAACAUGUCCCAUGAGCAAUGCUGAGAGACAGGCUUUAGUCAACGCUUUUGUUGCUGCAAAGGGAUU